CACUUGCUUACUCGUCUUGUCGAUGUCCGACCUUAGCAAAGGGAGGCUACGCUCACCUUCAGCUCAUACCUCCUCACUUUAAAUUUCUCUUCCAAGACAACAAGAAAACCAAACACUUCAUAACUACAGUCAAGAUGGUGAGUGCCAAGGAAACCGUGCAAGCCCAGAUCACCGCGUCGCCUGUUGUCGUCUACAGCAAGAGCUACUGCCCGUACUGCACCAAGACCAAGGCGCUACUGACGGAGCUGGGCGCUAAGUUCGAGGUCGUCGAGCUGGACCAGAUUGACGGCGGUAGCGAGCAGCAAGACGCACUGGAAGACCUGACGGGUCAGAGCACCGUGCCCAACGUGUUUGUGGGCGGCAAGUCAAUCGGUGGCAAUUCGGACGUGCGCAAGCUGCACAAGGCCGGUAACCUGGAGCCGCUGCUGAAGGAGAGUGGUGCUCUGUAAAGCGUCUAACUUGUAGACAACAAGAUAGAGUGCUGUGUCAAAUUAAUAAAAUACAUAGCUGGUUUUACCCAACAACUUUGUACUUGA